GCCCCGGGCAGGGCUAUGGCCAUGGUGACCGGCGGCUGGGGCGGCCCCGGAGCAGGAGGCGGCGGCGGCGCCAACGGCGUGGACAAGGCGGGCGGCUACCCGCGCGCGGCCGAGGACGACUCGGCCUCUCCAUCGGGCGCCGCCAGCGACGCGGAGCCCGGGGACGAGGAGCGGCCCGGGCUGCAGGUGGACUGUGUGGUGUGCGGGGACAAGUCGAGCGGCAAGCACUACGGCGUCUUCACCUGCGAGGGCUGCAAGAGCUUCUUCAAGCGCAGCAUCCGCCGGAACCUCAGCUACACCUGCCGAUCCAACCGAGACUGCCAGAUUGACCAGCACCACCGGAACCAGUGCCAGUACUGCCGGCUCAAGAAGUGCUUCCGGGUUGGCAUGCGGAAGGAGGCCGUGCAGCGAGGCCGCAUCCCGCACUCCCUGCCUGGCACGGGGGCCGGGUCCUCGGGCAGCCCCCCGGGCUCGGCGCUGGCCGUGGUAGCGGGGUCGGGCGAUCUGUUCCCGGGCCAGCCGGUGUCGGAGCUGAUCGCGCAGCUGCUGCGGGCCGAGCCCUACCCAGCGGCGGCCGGGCGCUUCGGGGCGGGCAGCGGUGCGGGCCCCGUGCUGGGCAUCGACAACGUGUGCGAGCUGGCGGCCCGGCUGCUCUUCAGCACCGUCGAGUGGGCACGGCACGCGCCCUUCUUCCCCGACCUGCCGCCCGCUGACCAGGUGGCCCUGCUGCGGCUCAGCUGGAGCGAGCUCUUCGUGCUCAACGCCGCGCAGGCCGCGCUGCCCCUGCACACCGCGCCCCUGCUGGCCGCCGCUGGCCUCCACGCCGCGCCCAUGGCCGCCGAGCGUGCCGUGGCCUUCAUGGACCAGGUGCGCGCCUUCCAGGAGCAGGUGGACAAGCUGGGCCGCCUGCAGGUCGACUCGGCCGAGUACGGCUGCCUCAAGGCCAUCGCGCUCUUCACGCCUGACGCCUGCGGCCUCUCGGACCCCGCGCACGUGGAGAGCCUGCAGGAGAAGGCGCAGGUGGCACUCACCGAGUACGUGCGCGCCCAGUACCCUUCGCAGCCGCAGCGCUUCGGCCGCCUGCUGCUGCGCCUGCCCGCCCUGCGCGCCGUGCCCGCCUCGCUCAUCUCGCAGCUCUUCUUCAUGCGCCUGGUGGGCAAGACGCCCAUCGAGACGCUCAUCCGGGACAUGCUGCUGUCCGGCAGCACCUUCAACUGGCCCUACGGCUCGGGCCAGUGACUGGGCACAGGGGGGCCGGCGGGGACCGGCCUGUGCCCCCCACCUCCCCGUGCAACGCCGACUCGACGCCUCUUUUUUAAGGACUGUGAAAUGUUUUGUCUUCUCUGUUCUUUUUUUUUUUUUUUGUCUUGUUUUGUUCUGUUCCUCGAUGAUCAUGAAACCAAAAAGAGACUGAUUUUCCUCCACGCCUCUCCCGAGCCCCUGGCAAUGUUGAGGGACCAGGAACUGAGCUAGGGUCCAGCCAGCCCGGGGCCACCUCUGCCCCUCAGUAGCCCCCCAGUGGCGGGGUGGCACCCCGGCAUGGCGAGCACAGUCCCGGCCUGGAGCAAGGGGCAGCUGGCUGGGACUCCCCGACCGUCUUCCCCAGGAACACUACACGCCGAGCGAAUCAAGGCCACAAUAAAGACAUUUUCGAUCUGCCCGA